AUGUCCUUCUUCUCGAGGAAGAAGACCCAGGCUGCACCCCAAGCUCCUGCAAAUGUCACUGUCGCUACCACUCCAAGCCAGGCGCUGGCUCAGAUGUCUGCUACCAAUAGGGAUCCUCCCCCCACUCAACAGCAGUCGGGCAGUUUGCGUGGCGACAGCGCUCUGGCAUCAGCUGGCAAUAAUGGUGUCGCCCCCAUAAAUCAACAGCAGCAGCAGCAACAGCAGCAACAACAACAACAGGCCCAACAGCAGCAGCUACGAAAUCAAAGUAGGAACACUAGUCCUGGUGGUGCUAACCUUCAAUCCUCUGGUUCUUUCCAAGCACAGCAGCAGCCACCGUCGCAGCCCAACUCCCAAGGUCCUCGUCAGCCACCAUCAUUUCCUUGGGCUGCCCGGCGACUCAUUCUCCUCCCUCCAAACCUCAUAAAUAAACCUGGCAUUGCACCCCCCUCCUCCCCAUCACCCUCCCCAUUCCCGCGAUAUGGCCAUGCCCUACCCGCCACUGCAUCCCCAUCCGGCGAACUCUAUCUUUUCGGAGGCCUCGUCCGCGAGUCAGCGCGGAACGACGUCUACGUAUUCAACACCCGCGACAACUCUGCCAACCUCUUUCAGACCACAGGCCAGAUUCCCAGUCCACGAAUGGGCCAUGCGUGUGCCUUGGUCGGGAACGUGCUCAUCGUGUGGGGCGGUGAUACAAAUACAGACCCUAAUAUGAAGCCGUUGGAUAAGCAAGAUAACGGGCUGUAUCUUCUUAAUCUCAUUUCACGGGAUUGGAAUCAGCUCGAGGUCUCUGGCCCCGCACCUGUCGGAAGGUACGGUCAUGCCGUGACCAUGGUCGGCACAAAGUUCUUUGUAUUUGGUGGCCAGAAGGACGAGGAGUUUCUGAAUGAUCUAUGGGCAUUCGACCUCAACUCUCUUAAAACGAGGUCCGCUUGGGAACAGUUGGAGCCUUCAAGCCCUGAGCGACCUGCCCCAAGGACCGGUCACGUGUGUAUAACGCACGAAGAUACCAUCAUUGUAUUCGGUGGGACGGAUGGCAAGUAUCAUUAUAACGAUACUUGGUCAUUCAAUCUGCAAACCAGGAAGUGGACGGAAUUGAACUGUAUAGGGUUCAUUCCUUCUGCCCGGGAAGGUCAUGCUGCUGCUAUUGUGGGCAACGUUAUUUACGUUUUUGGUGGGAGGGGUAUUGAUGGCAAAGACUUGGGCGAUUUGGCUGCCUUCAAAAUUUCAAAUCAGCGGUGGUACAUGUUCCAGAACAUGGGCCCGUCACCUAGUGGACGAUCUGGACAUGCCAUGGCGUCUAUUGGCACCAAGGUAUACGUUCUUGGAGGAGAGUCGUUUUCACCUUCGAAAUCGGAUGAUCCAAGCAUCACACAUACUUUGGAAACAAAAAAUAUCAAGUAUCCCGAGGACGACUCCAAACCUCCUCCAAUGAGCGCUGCUGCUGCGGCCCAAUUUUCUUCGCGGAAACCGUCAAUCACCAAUCAGGCCCAGAAUCAAAUUGCACAACAGACGGCCAACGUCAAUGGACGCUCAAUGUCGCCUAGUGUCGCCCCUGAGAGAGCAAUUUCACCUUCAGGGCGACCAGUGCAACAAAAUGGUGUGAUGCAGCAGCAGCAGCAAUCGAUGUCCAACGCAGCGGCGGUCAACGGUAAAUCGAAACCCCCUGUCCGCCCCAAACGCGAAGACGAAGACCAAAAUGGCACAGAUGACGGGUUCGACAUGGUCAGCAACGAGUCGUACCAGAAGUCAUCGCAGACACAGACGCGCGCCAAGAGCCCAGCGCAGAUGAACACCAACCGAGCGGUGUCGCCCUCGAUGAACGGCACUCAGGCACCUAAUAUGAUGGCGGUAUCGAUGGGCAUUAACGGCAGGUCGUCGCCUGCUGUAACGGGCCGUUCGUCUCCGCUCACGGGGCGUGCGUCACCGGUUGUCGACAGGUCACGGCCGUCGGGCGCAGAGGGGGGAUAUCAGAGUGGGCCGAAUAACUCGUCGCCGACGCUGAACAACUUUGCGCGACCAGCAUCACGGACGGGUAAUGGCUCGGUCGGUAAUGUCACGGCGGAUCUCAUUAGGGAUUUGAAGGCGAGAGAUCUCGAAUUGGACAGCAUAAAGCGGCAGAUGGCAUGGAUGAAGGAAGCGCUGGCAAAGGCUACACGGGCAGGGUUUGUGCAGACGGACCGAGAAGGGUCGCCUGAGAUUUCGACCACGAGCAAUGUUUCGGAGGAUGGACAUGAUAGCAAAUACGCGGAAUUGGUGCUCAAGUUCAAGCAAUUCAAAGCGCAUGUUCAGACUGCCAUGUCGGAUCAAGCAAAACAGGCGUCAGAGCGUAUCGCUGAGGCGGAAAGGGUCAAAGCAAGCGCAACACAAGAAGCCGCAUACUAUCGAGCCAAAGUUGCUGCGAUGGAAUCAAAUAGUGAUACUGAAGUCCAGCGCAUGGAGCGCGUUCGCAUCACGGAACUCGAGAGUCAUAUGUCUGCUCUUAUGAACGAGAGAUGGGCUCAGGAUCGUAAGCUAAACGAAUUGAACGAUUCGCUAGCGCUGCAGACGAUGCUAUGUGAGCAGGCAGACUCCAGGGCUGCCGAAGCCAUCAAACGUGCAGAGAAGCUGGAUGAAGCGCAUACGCAUGCUGCGGAGAGGUAUAACGAACUUCUGGAGAUCCACGAAACGUUGCAGUCGAAGUUCCGGGAUCAUCAGGAUCGGCUUGUGUCUCAGAGUUCGCUUCUUGAGCAGCGGGAGGCAGAUGAGGUCAGUCUUCGCAGCCAGGUUGAGGAGCUUUCGCAAUCGAGAGAACAACAUAUACGGGCUUUGGAUCAGGCGCGGGUCGCACUUCAGGCAUCUUCAGCACGUGCAAUGGAAAUCGACAUGCAGUAUCAACGCGCGCAGGAGCAGAUCAAGGCAUUGGAAUCGGACGUUGCUGAACUGCGCGGCGAACUCGAGACGAGGACGGCAGAGGCGGAUGCUGCACGUGCCCGCCUUACGGACGCUGAGAACUCUUGGGCCAAAUCUCGCGAAGAAGCAGACGCUUUCCGGGCGCUCACAACGACAAGCCUUGGAGAGCUUCUUGAUUCGCAUCGUGAUCUCAAGGCCGACGAGGAUCGUCUUCUGCGAGGGCACUCGGAGAAGAUCCAGGCUGUCGAAGCCGAGGCUCAAUCGCUCAGGUUGAUGUUGCGCGAAGUCUCCGCGCGCGCUGACGAUAACGCGAACAAGCUGACAGAGGAGCGCAAACGCAACCACGAACACGAGACCGAGCAAGCCACCCUUCAAAAUCAAAUUGCUGCUCUACGUGGCCAAUUGUCAACUGCGUUUUCUGACACCGCACGCCUCCGCAACGAACUUGCAACCCUUGAGAAUCGACUCCGUGAUAAAGCCAAAGACCUCUCUGAUUCAAAUGCCAAGUUGGCCAUGCUGAGAAAUUAUCUCGCUGAGAAUGGGAUUGGUGUCGAUGAGGAUGAACUUAGACCGUCCUCACGACUCAAUGGCACUAAAUCUCCUGAAAUUAUAUCAGAUCUCGAGAAUAAACUUGCUGAGCGUACUCGUCUACAUGAAGAUUCUGAACGCGAAUUGGCUCAAGCACUUCGCAAGAAACGGGAUAUGGAAGUACAAGUCUCAGAAUUGUCCACACAGCUUGACAAUGUCAGAUCUACUCGGAGUCCGUCAUCCGGUGAAGGCGAUUCCCGCGCCCAAGAGCUGGAAGAGAAACUCGAGCAGGAGAGGCAGAAAUAUCAAAAUCAAAUCCAGCAAAUGGAAGCUGACUAUCAGAUCGCUGUACAUUAUGUAAAGGGUACUGAAAAAAUGAUGUUGCGCAUGCGUGAAGAGCUCAAUAAACAGAAAAAGGCGAACACCGCUUUGCAGGCGGAUCUUGAAGCUUCUAAAGGAAAGCCCAUUGAUCAACGAGUGCGUUCCGUCAACGGUCGCAAUACUCCUCAGGACGAUGAUAGGAUGCACCUUGUCGAUGCCCAGCGGCAGAUACAACGGCUUACCACUGAGAACAAAGAGCUGCGCCUACGCGUCGAGAAUCUGGACAAGGAGCUCGACCUUAUGCGCGAUAACCUCCUGGCUUCACAGCAAGAGGCUGAUGACCGAUUCAGUCAGGUGGAAGAAUUGCAGCUGGACAUUGAACGAUUACAGCAAUCCCUUAACAUUGCGCGAGGCGGUCCAGACGAAACAUUGAUGGAGAAGUUGCAUGCUGAAAACACGACACUUCGUCGGGAAAACGACCAACUAUCACAUAAAAUUGGCCUUUUACUCGAGGUGGAACAACCUUCAUACGGACGCCGACCAAUGUCCGGCCGCAUUAGCACAUCGAGUUCAGAGAAUGCUCUUGCUUUUGAGAACCUAUCCAGCGAAUUGGACGACUGGCAACGGCAACUUGCAAGUUCCAUGAGCAAUCAUCGGCGACCGCUUAGCGAAUUUGAGGACAAACAACCAGUGGUAACAGAGCGAACGCGGUCGCCUCGUUCAUAA